GAGAUAAUUAUAAGCCUUAAUUGAAACACGUACAAAUUGUUGAUAAUAAAAAGUGUAAUAUUUUGAAUAAAAAUCUGAAAAAAAUAAAAAAAAAUAAAACAAAAAAUAAUAAAACGUUAUGGCGAUGGUGGAUUUUUUAACGAAUAAAGAUACUGAAAAUUCAGAAGCAGCAAGCAUAACAAGCCAUUUUAUAAAAACUACAAUCAGAAGUUUAUUUUUCCCAUCAUCUUCAUCGAUCACUUCAGAGCAAGAGAGUGAAAAUGACCACAAACUUAAACAUAUUUCAUUAGAAGAAGUUUCCGAUCAUGACUGUUCAGACGAUUGUUGGAUCAUUAUUUAUGAUCGUGUCUACGACGUAACAAACUUUUUAAGUAAACAUCCUGGAGGUGAUAACGUAUUUAUGGAACAUGCCGGAAGAGAUUGCACAAUCGCUUUUCGGGGUCAUUCAAAUGACGCGGCGCAGUUAUUGAAAACGUAUGAAAUCGGAAUUCUUCCACCACACGAACGAAUUUACCGUUGGCCAGGAAUGAUAAGAAUAUCAGAAUCAAAACCGGAAUAGAAAUUUCAAUAUUGUACGUUUGAGUUAACAGUUCAACAGUGUUAUCGACUAUUCUCGCCAUGGAUCAUCAUGAAAGUGAUCAACAAUUCAUUAAUUGGUUGAAAAGUGAGCAUGAUGCUUCUAUUACUUAAUUGAGAUUACAACCAGAAAAGUGAAGAGAAUCAGAAAUAUCUGUAAAUACAUUGAAAUUUCUCAUUAAGAUCGCUAUACAAAUUAUUAUCUUUUCAAGAAUUUUAAGAUCUGUCGCACUAAUGUCUACCAGUAUUUAAAUUAUUCUUGUUUCUACUUAUAAUGAAUAAAUUUUAGUUAAUAUCCGUUUUAUUUUAUUUAUGAAUUGAAACAUUUAUUUUUAUUGUUGUUGUUAUGCUAAGAAUAAAAAGAAAAAAAUUUACAUUCAUGAA